AGGAGGUGCUUCUGAUGACAGGUUGGCAGUGUUGACCCAAUACUCCUGAGCCAGGUCUUCACUCGCUUCAAUCUAACGUUGGUCUUCUGUUGAACUGGAUCUUACUGCCCCCAGGAGCCGGUAAAGAUGUCUGUGACCAUGGCGAAACAAGACGGGGUCACUGUUUUCACGAUCCAGUCCAACCCCCAAAGCCCGUGGCCUCCUGUGUGUCAGAUCCUGAAGAGCCUUUGCUACAACCCGCUGUGCUGCUCCGUCUCUCAGCACCUGAGGAAGACCCAGGGAACGUCUCUUUCAGUGCUCGGCGCCAUGCAGAUAAUGACUGGACUGCUCACUAUGGGCUUUGGGGGGAUCCUCCGUGCGAGUGAAGCUACUUACUGGAGACUGAAUUUUACUGAGUUUCCAUACUGGCUGGGAGCACUGUUCAUCACCUUCGGAUCAAUGUGUCUUUUGUCUGAGAGGUUCCCAAGUCUGUGUCUGGUGGGCCUCACUGUGACGCUGAACCUGGCCGGCGUUGCUUUCGCGAUCACAGCCAUCGUUCUCUUCAGCAUCCAGAUAUCCCAGCUUGAAUUCAGGUGGUAUUGCAGCAUCUACAGUUCCAGUUACAGACACUACGACAGAACCACAGCGCCGCCUUUAGAACUGGAAUUCUCCAGGCAGAUGUGUCUUGAAGGCAAAUACGUGGCUCAGGUGAUCCACAUAGGCAUCAACGUGGUGCUGAUCAUCCUGUCCAUCCUGGAGCUCUGCGUCGUCAUCAGCUCAGCCAUCAUUGGCAUCAAGACCCUGAGGAACUUUAGGAAGGAGGAAAACACGAGAACUGAUGACCCUGAAUGCAACAAACUGAUGCUGGGAGAGAAUCUGUCUGCGUGCAGUUAAGCAGCAAAAGCUGAGAGAACUUUAAAAAAUGUUAAAUGUAAAAGCUUAUAUUUCCUUUCAGCUGCAGUUAUAACACACGUUUACCGUUCAGGGCACUGAGCCUGUUUGCUACAUUCAUAAAACCUUAAAAAAUAAUAAUACAUUAUGGUCAUUCUUGUUGACAGUCUUGUUAAGUCUUUAUUCUCUGAAUGUUUAACUAAAUUCAAGCUUAAAUGUUCCUUUUUACGUUCCUUUUUAUCUCUGAAAAGCUAAUCUCCAUUUUUAGGGCGAUAACUCUGUCCCUGUCUUUCUUUUAAUGGUUUAAAAGCAUAAUGCUUGAGCAUAAAUGAUUAAGAUCACUAUGUCUAUUAAAACAAAUAUUAACAUACUUAAAGCCUGCAAUGCAGCACAAAUAUUUGUAAAAUGUAACAUUUUUAUCUGUAUGCCUGAAACGUGUCACUGACUUCACAAACCUCUCUACUAAAGUUAAUUCUGAUUAAAAAAAUUAUUUUGAGAUGUUAUGAAAC